CAUCUGGAAUCCAAAUGUUAGACAAUAUAAAAAAGCUAGCACAACAACCCAGUGGGGUGCUUUUCAGCCAGAAACACAAGCAACAUGGACCUUGUGCUUCUCUGUGUGUUCCUGCCACUGCUCACAGUGGCCUGGGGCCAGUACCAGGACUAUGAGGGAUAUUAUUUUUCCCAAAAUGAAUACAGGGAUGAUGAUGAAUGGGUCAACGUGUAUCGACAGGGUUUCAACUUCCAGUGUCCUCCUGGGGAAGUGAUAGUGGCAGUGAGGAGCACCUUCAGCAAAAAAGAAGGCUCAGACCGACGGUGGAACUAUGCCUGCAUGCCUACCCCGCAAAACCUCGGAGAGCAAACAGAGUGCUGGUGGGAAGAGAUCAACAGAGCUGGACUGGAAUGGUAUCAGACGUGUUCAAAUAAUGGAUUGGUGGCAGGAUUCCAGAGCCAAUAUUUUCCAUCUGUGCUGGAUCGAGAGUGGCAAUUUUAUUGUUGCAGCUAUGGCCGGAGAUGCCCAUAUUCAUGUUGGCUGACAACAGAACAUCCAGGACAUUAUGGGGAAGAUAUGGACAUGAUGAUGUAUACCUAUGACUACUAUAUCCGUGGAGCAACCACAACUUUUUCGGGUGUGGAGAGAGAUCGACAGUGGAAGUUUAUUGUCUGCAGAAUGACAGAUUAUGACUGUCAGUUUCAGAAUGUUUAGAGGCUUGGAAUAUAUACUAUACUUGGCAGGGGGGAGA